CAAUAUGCAUGAGUCUUUUCGUGGCUCAAAGAACUUCCAAGCCCUGCUAUGGUGGAGCUAUUGCUGGGAUAUCUCUUGCAGCGCUUGGAGUGUUGUUUUUUGCAGCUUGCUUGUACCUUGUGUUUUACAGAAAGAGGAAGGCACACAAAAUAUCACCCAAAGAUCAAUUCAACCGAGCUGCUUCUGAUACUGCAGCUAAAGCUCCAGAGUCUAUUGAUGUUGCUAAAAGGGCUUCUCCAAGCCUUGCUGGAGUAGUUGUUGAGAGAUCUUUUGAGUUCUGGUAUGAAGAGCUUGCAAUAUCUACUAAAGAUUUCAGUUUGGCGAAUAAGAUAGGCCAAGGCGGCUUUGGCUCUGUUUAUUAUGCUGAGCUUAGGGGCGAGAAAGCAGCAAUCAAGAAAAUGGACUUGAAAGCAAAAAGAGAAUUUGUUGCUGAACUUAGGGUUUUAACACAUGUACAUCAUCAGAACCUGGUGCGCUUAAUUGGAUAUUGUGUGAAGGGUUCCCUUUUUCUUGUAUAUGAGUACAUUGACAAUGGAAACUUGAGCCAGCAUCUUCGAGGAUCAGGGAGCGACACACUGUCAUGGUCAAGUAGGGUGCAGAUUGCAGUGGAUUCAGCAAGAGGUCUUGAGUACAUUCAUGAGCAUACUAUUCCUGCCUACAUCCACCGUGACAUUAAAUCAGUAAACAUUUUGAUAGAUAAAGAUUUUCGUGCCAAGGUUGCAGAUUUUGGUUUAGCAAAAUUGGUUGAGGUCGGAGGUUCAUCUUUGCAAUCACAUCUUGUGGGUACCUUUGGCUACAUGGCACCAGAGUAUGCCAAUUGUGGUACUGUUUCUCCUAAAGUUGAUGUCUACGCCUUUGGUGUUAUGCUUUAUGAACUAAUUUCGGCUAAGGCAGCUGUAGUUGAUGGAUGCUCUACUACUGAUACUAAGGGUCUUGUUGGUUUGUUUGAUCAAGUUCCCAUACUGCCGGAUAUAAAUGAUGAUCUCCGCAAACUAGUUGACCCGAGACUUGGGGAUAAUUACCCAAUCGAAUCAGUCAGCAAGAUGUUUCAGCUAGCCAAACUUUGCACGCAUAAAAAACCUGAAUCAAGGCCGAGCAUGAGAUCUGUUAUCGUUGCAUUAAUGGCAUUAUCAUCCCCCACAAAGGAUUCUAAGAUUUUUGUUCCUCAUUUAGAAACUGAGAUCUUGAAAUACGAGUAUUCUAUGAUCAAGUCUAUGGAAACUGAAGUUCGGGGAUCUGAGACUUUUACAGUUACAUCUGUGGAAUCUGAGGCUUAUACAAUAGAAGAAGGAAGUGAGGAUUAAAUGGUAGUUGACGUGAACGAGAUAUGUGGCUGUUCAAAUUUAUUUUUUCAUGAAGAAGAAAAAUUUUAGAAGUGAAACCAAUGACCUACGUUGGUAAAACAACUGCAAAACAAUCCUCUCCAGGUCUUGCAACUAAUGUCUACAAGAUAGAGGUGAGAAUGUGCAAUCACAAUAUCAAACUCACAUUCAUUCAUGCCCACUUUUCCCAGGAUGCAAGGGAAAUAGAUUGGAAUGACUAUAUGCCAAUGUAUUAAAGAUGGCUCCAAAUGAAUACUUUAUCCAUAGAAGCAAGAAAUAUUUGCACUGAUCAACUGUAUUGCUAUCUCAU